GGUGUCCGAGGUGCUUCCAUGGACGGUGGACGUACUGCAAGGGGUCCAGAGUCUCAUGUAUACUUCUCUGAACAGGGGCCAGAACCACUCUCUCAAAACACUUCAUGAUGAUCGAAGUGAGUGCAACUGGCUUGUAGUCACUGGUGGUUUUGAAACAGGUGGGUGUGGCCUGUGACAGCGACAGGUUUAAGAUCGAGGUGAGUCCCUCAGCCAGCUCUGUAGCACAUGCCCUGAGGCCCCACCCAGGGAUGUUAUCUAAGGAGUGUGAUCUCCUCUGUGUCGAGUUAAUGUUUGAUAUGCUGAAAGAGAUAAAAGGAACAAAUUGCGGCUCAUGUCAACGUCAUCACAGCACAUCUCUGCUUUUCUUCACAGUCAGCUCCCCUGACCUGGGUGCUAAUCGGAGGUUCUCCCGGCUCCUGAGUCUUGUCUUCUCUCUUCUCAGCAGGUGUCUGCACUGAGAGACCAGGAAAACAUCUGGAUAGUUAACCUCUGGGUUACUGCUAGAUUUUUGUAUCCAGCAGAGACAUGGGUGUCUGGCUGAAUUGGCUGUGGUACCAUCGGAACUACUUUAUCAUCUCCAUCACUCCUCUGAUACUACUUCCCCUGCCGCUCAUCAGUCCUACGUCGCAAGCACGAUGUGGUUACGCCAUCAUCCUCAUGGCUCUGUUCUGGUGCACAGAGUGCAUGCCUCUGGCUGUGACCGCCCUGCUGCCGGUCGUCCUCUUUCCUAUGAUGGGCAUCAUGACGGCUGGAGAGGUCAGUGUUGAAUACCUGAAAGACUCUAACAUGCUGUUCAUUGGUGGCCUGCUGGUGGCCAUUGCGGUGGAGCAGUCAAACCUCCAUAAGCGCAUCGCCCUGCGAGUUCUGCUGGUGGUUGGCGCCCGUCCGGCUCUGUUGAUGAUGGGCUUCAUGAUCGUCUCGUCCUUCCUCUCCAUGUGGAUCAGCAACACAGCCACCACGGCCAUGAUGCUGCCCAUCGCCGAAGCCAUUCUGCAGCAGCUGAAAGCCAUCGAGAUCCAGGCGGAUGAGCGAGAUUUUCCUGUUGCAGCUGACGACAACCACGGGUUUGAGUUGGAGACCAGAUCCACUAAGCAGGAAAUAAGCAGCGACAAACACCCAGACACCAACACUCAGCAGGAGGACGGAGUGUGUAAACUUGAGGUGAGUCCAGAGUCGUGUCAGGAGUCCAGGAGACAAGCGAUGGAGGACAGGUACCUACUCUUGACCAAGGGGAUGAGUCUGAGCGUGUGUUACUCUGCCAGCAUCGGAGGCACGGCCACGCUCACCGGCUCCACCACCAACAUCAUCCUCAAGGGCCAAGUCGACAAGAUGUUUCCUGAAAAUGGUGACGUGAUCAACUUCGCCAGCUGGUUCGCCUUCUCCUUCCCCAACAUGGUUCUCAUGCUUGUGUUUUCCUGGAUCUGGCUUCAGUUCAUGUUCCUCGGUUUCAACCUGAAGCAGUCAUUUGGCUGUGGCAUGAAGAGCGGCAGAGAUCAGGAGGCGCGUGAGGUGAUGAGGGAGGAGUACCUCAAGCUGGGCCGCAUUAGGUUUGCUGAGGUGGCGGUGCUCGUCAUCUUCACCACGCUGGUGCUCCUGUGGUUCACCAGGGAGCCGGGCUUCAUUGACGGCUGGGCCACGGUGCUCUUCAACCAGGAAAAGGCGUUUGUGUCUGAUGGCACCAUCGCCAUCUUAAUGUCGAUGCUUUUCUUCGUCAUCCCCUCCCAGCUGCCUAGGUUCGGAGGCUACGGUUACGACAAAGCAGGUAAGAUGAUUAAUUCCCCCCCCAAUCUGCUGAGCUGGCAGAAGGUCCAUGAGCGAAUGCCCUGGAACAUCAUCCUGCUCCUGGGAGGAGGCUUUGCUUUGGCAGCCGGCAGUGAGAGAUCCGGUCUGUCCACGUUGUUGGGAGAAAGCCUGUCCCCUCUGGAGAAGAUUCCCCCCUUCGCCAUCUCCCUGCUGCUCUCCUUGCUGGUGGCCACAUUCACAGAGUGCGCCAGCAACACUGCCACCACCACCCUGUUCCUGCCAAUCCUGGGCUCAAUGGCCAUAGCGAUAAAGAUACACCCGCUGUACGUGAUGUUGCCCUGCACCCUCGCUGCCAAUCUGGCCUUCAUGCUGCCGGUGGCCACACCACCCAACGCCGUGGCCUUCUCCUUUGGAGGACUCAGAGUCAUCGACAUGGUGAAAGCUGGCUUCAUGCUGAACAUCCUAGGGAUUUUGACCAUAAACCUGGGGAUCAACACCUGGGGAUACGCCAUGUUUGACUUGGGCACCAUCCCCGCUUGGGUCAACGCUACACAGGGCCAACCCUGAGGGAAAAAGGACACAAUGGAGGACAAUGAGGUCUUUCAUAAAAUAUCUAUGAUCAGAUAAGCAACAUAAUGCAAAAAAAUUAAUUUGUAAAUAUUUUUUAAUCCAGAUGUUAGUAGUCUUUAGAUCUCAGGAAUACAUUUUCUGAAAUAAAUGGUAAAUGUUUGUUACUUAUAUGGAGCUUUACCAGUAUUGGUGACCACUCAAAGUGCUUCAAAGCACAGUCUUGGCAUCCACCCAUCACCCACCCGUGCUGAAGAAAGUUAAAAGAUGAAAUUUAUAUAUAAAUAUUACCAUUUAGACCCAGCUCACGUUAUCCGUGGCGUUCUGCUGACACGUCACCCCGACACGUUUCCUUGACACUUUCUCCUGUGACGGGGACGUGAUCUCAUCGACGUGUUCAUCAUUGACAGAUCAUGUGAAACUGCAGUAAACUGUUUGUGUGACUGGUUAUUUACUGUAACGUGACCGUGCUGUGUUCACAGGCAUCACGUAAAUGAGCUAAAACUGAAUUGUAUCAGUUGAUUUAAAUUAAUACUGUGGUCCCUUAUUUCUUUUUUGAACGUGUUAUUUUUUUCACUGUGGCGUUUUGGUCACACUGGUUUUUACUUUUUCGAAAAAUGAGCACUGUCUUUGUAUUUCUGCUCUUGUGAUUUGUAUAAACCAAAGAGGCGGAUUUAGUUGUGUAUUUAUUUGUAUAUUAUAGAAGGUAUUAAAGGAACAGUUUGACAUUUUUGGAAAACACACUCUUUCUUCUCAAGUGUUGGCUGAUUAACACGUUUUUGUACAGAUAAAAAAACAAAACCAGAUAUAACACUGAGCUUUGAAGAUUAAUUACCUCUGCCAACUGGUUUUCGCUCCUGUACCUAUACUGGUUUGUCUGUCAACUGGAUUACGCAACAACCAGUCACUGGAUUUCCACUGUGGACGGAUGGGACAAGGGGGAAGAAGGAAGCCAUUAAAUACAGGCACGGACAUUUUCUGUAAUUUCCCUGGGACUAAUUCAUGGAUAGUGUUUAAUAAAUAAUCAACAGUGAGAAAACUGAUUUCCAUGAGUGUGUGCAAUUUUAAUGAAUUUUUAAAAACUGUUGAGCCUUGGCUGAGGAAUGCAAUCUACUCCAAUACUUUUGAGCCUGAUUACAGAAAUGUUGUCUUAUCCCUUUAACAGAGCCACUCCAGUUGUUAUCAGAACUUGCACACAAAGUCGAGCCGACACUGAUUAAAAGUCUUUGAGGAAUCGAGUUGUGCAAAUCAAUAGCAGGAAGGUGUCCCUGGUUAAAGGACAACUUGGAGAUAAGGAGCUGCCAGUAGGUUAUGAAGGUCCCUGAGGUCACUUGUGGAGAUGUGGAGCUACAGCGCCUCAGAAGUGUUUGUAUGUCCUGAGUUAAGUUUUUUAUUGACCUGAAACCUGUUUCCUUUCUGAGAAUAAAGCAUCAUCGUGUCA